GUUUGGUGUUGGAGAUUUCUCGACGGCUCCAGUAGCAGAUUAAUAAACACAAUUGAUCAUUGAGUUCCGCUACCUACAAGAUUUCAUUUUACUCAGAGUUAACGUAUUGUGAAGAAGGGAAAUGCUAAAUAUAUGGCUGAGGGAGAACUAUACAAGUUAUGUAGGUUGAUGAUCCUCUGAACAUGACCCAUCAAUCAGCAUUGGAGUAGCUACCUACGUAGAACGUUGCUUUGCAUCACCAUGUAGCUUCACAUUCUGGUGGCCUGGAACGUUGCAGGCGUAUCUGAAGACAUCUCGAGCCAGCUAAACGAAAGGACACCAGGAUGAGCAAACAAGAGAAGAUGGAAUUGGACCUCGUAAUCCCAUCAACACUAGUUCAGAGCGACAGACACCUGAGACGAUCCAACAGCGCCCCAAUGAUAAAUGGCCUAAGUGACAAUUCCCAGGUUUUCCAGAGAGAGAUUCUACGCAGCAGGAGAAACAGCACCACCGUUGUUAACCGCCCUAAUAUGGUCCCUUCAUCACCCAUUCGCGUCCCCAGCACAAGGCUUCAUCAGAUCAAACGGGAGGAGGGUGUGGAUGUGAUGAACAGAGAGACAGCCCAUGAACGGGAGGUUCAAGCAGCCAUGCAGAUGAGUCAGUCCUGGGAGGAGAGUCUGAGUCUGGUGAGAAAUUAUGAUGCUCCCAUGAGUGACAAUGACUUUGAGAAAUCUGCAUCGUCGUCCCCAAAGCGCAUCGACUUUGUGCCUGUAUCCCCAGCCCCAUCCCCUACAAGAGGGAUAGGGAAGAAGCAGUGCUUCUCCCCUUCAUUGCAAAUUCUGGUGAGCAGCAACGGCCUGUCUCCCAGCCCUAUACCUAGCCCAACGCGACGCUUCAGCCGGCGGAGCCAGAGCCCCAUUAACUGCAUCAGGCCCAGCAUCCUGGGGCCCAUCAAACGUAAAGGGGAGAUGAUGGAGAUGGAGAGCCAGCCAAAGAGGCUCUUCCAUGGGACCACCACCAUGCUGUCCUCUGACGUGCUCUUGCCCCAAGUCCAACGGCCAGACUUCAACUCCUGCCUCUGUACGCCAGAUGUGCUAGAUGGCAGCCUCAGCAGUGUGGGUUCUUCCACUGGCUCGCCAGCCAAGAUGGAGGGAGUCUCUGAGUGUCCAUCCUCCAGCAACUCUCCCUUCACCCCCCUCCAAGACCACUCCCCAAAAUAAACAAGGGAAUAUGAGACUCUAAACAAGGGUGAAGAUGAGGCACAUAAGUCACCUUGGCUGUAUGAGUUUCCUUCAGACCCACCCUUCCCUCCCCAUCACUUUUCUUUAGUUAAUGUGGGAUUCCCUUCCCAUGCUGUUUGCUAGGGGAGGAGAAUAGGCGUGUGUUUGCAUUGAAAGGAAACCAAAGCCCUGGAUGUGUACUGUGUGGACGCACCAUGCUGUAGUAGGCCCUAGUAAGAGUAGGGGGUGAUUGUGGAUGCUAUGAGCACCAGCUGCUAGAUAUAUAUCCUUUACAUGGUGCUGCUUAGCACCACAGAACUGCCACGUCGUUAACCCUGCAUCACAUCACCAUGUCAGCUCCCAGCCGCACACUGGAGGGACUCCGAAUACUGGAUGGAAAAUGACUGCCAGGAUAUGGAGAAAGACCCCCACUAAGUCUGUCUGUUUUCCUUUUUGUUUUUGGAAAAAAUCUCCAGGCCUUUUGGUGUAUAUGCACAAAAUUGGCCGCAGACAUUGUAUGAAUGAAAGGAUUUAACUUAUUGUUUUUCCCGCUUUAUAUAAUUUUGUAAGUAUGUACAUAAUUGUCAAUGUAGUAUUAUUAUUAUUAGUUGUAUAGGUUUGUGAUUGGCUGUGAGGUUAGUACGGGCACAGGGCUUCAACAGCGAACGGACAAUUCCCUCUAAACAGAGCAGAUUAGACAUGUAUAUUUCCUUACUACUCUUCCAGGGGUGCGAAUAUGGUGGUUCUCUACUCGUCCUUGUACUGUAAGAGAAGGAAAUAGUUAUCCUCAGUAGUACUUAGAUGUGGGGGAUCAAUGAACUGUCAUUCUGGUUGAUGCUCUACCUUUUGGUAGCCCUUAAUCAAGUCCAUCUCUGGCAUGCCGCAACUAUAGUUGCCAGUGAGUUGGGUAAUGCCAUGUCAUGUCCACCCAUCGUCCCUGCAGAUUGUACUAGGAGGGGAACAGCGCAAGAGGGGGCCGUCAGGAUUGGAACACUACAGACUCAAAUCUCUGAAUCCGGUGUCUUUGCCUGGACAUGCAGCCAAAUUCGUUUUCAAUUCAGAACCUUUUUUAUUAAGUUGUUUUCAUGUUUGUUGGAGCCAUUUGUUAUGUAAAUUGACAUUUUUAUUUUUAUUUUUUGCCUACAUAAUUGCAUUUGUUGAUACUAAACAUUAGAAUAGCGCAUCCUAUUCUCCCUUUUUACCCUGAAAUGAAAUCAAUAGAAUGGUUUAGGAUGAGCACACUGAUGUAGUGGACAGAACAAAAUCACGCCAUUCUAUUUAAAAAGGGACUCUGUGUUAUGUGUCCAUGUACUGUGGUCAACAUUUGGCAUAGCUUUUAGUGCAAAAUGUUUCACUGGAUUUGUUGUUUAUGAAUAAAAUUUGCAAUUAACAUUCGUAAGCAAUACCAACGAUUGAACAGGGGAACUGUAAAGGCAAAGUUCUGGUAUUUGUUUUUCUCUGAAAAUCCAGUUGUACACUGAUUCACAUGCAUUUUUAGACCAUUGUAAAACAUUUGGGCUGACGUAAUUUCAGUUCAACCUGUUAGAAUGGUCUCUUAAAUUGAUUUAUUAGUUAUUUUCCCAACAUACAAGGUAUGCUAACUUACAAAGGGAGUGUGAAACUCCACUGUCAUAUACAAGCAAGAGUGAUUGUAGUAAGUCAUUGAUUAAUUUGUUCUGAAAUGAUUAAUGAAACAUUGCAGUUUCGAAUACUGAAUGUAUUUUUCUUUGACCGGCUUGUCAUUUUUCUAAAUAAACAAUCAGGUUGGCUUGUCCUGCUGUCAACAUGAUUGAUGUGAUUUAUUUUUGUCCAAGAUGUUUUAUUUUGUGCUGUUCAUCUUUCAAUGUCCGGAAUAUGUCUAAGGCAUGAGAUGGACAGAGUAAAUAAAAAGUGUAUAUAUACGUGAUGGGAGGGUGGUAGACUUGUUAGACCACUUGCCAACCCUUUGCUUGUGUCCCUCACUGGACUGACACAUUUCCACUGUGAUCCUUUCAUAUCAGACAUCUGAACAGGAGAGGGUAAAUACAUUUGUUCAAUAUUUCCAUUCAAUGACUGGUGUUCUGCUUUGUUGUUGAUAGACUUGUUAAAUGUCGAAGUCAUGUCUUUUUUGGGGGGCCUCUUAAUAAAGCAUCAGAUUGACAAUU